AUGAAGGAGAUGCUGGACCACAUCGAGCACUCGGACUGGGGGAGUCUAGCUAUCGCACAAGCCCUGGAGGGUGUUCUCGGGUCCUUUAUUGAACCUUUCGUGGACACGGUCCGCGAAAUUUCCCAAAAACUGCUGGAAAUUGAAACCAAGUUGUUGAGUCGACCAACAUUCUGGCUUGCUCUUACAAUGCCUCAAUACGAAAAGAGCAUGAAAGAGCUCAGAGAAUUGAACGGCGACCUUUUGCGUAUUCAAAGCAGUGUUUGUUCGACCACGAAACGUCCUUCUUCACGACGGUAUGUUGCUGACUCCGGACUGCGGUUGACUCCCGAAGAAGUCAGGGUUUCACCCCCUGGACGCCAUGAGGAAGCUCUACGUGUCAGCAACUGGGCGCAAAAAGUCUAUGCUGGACUUCGCAUAGACUUCACCUUGCGGUGCCAGGAGCAUCGGCAGCACCGCUGUCUUUUUCACCUGGUGCCCCGGACGCAUCUUGAGACAAACGCGUUCCGAUUCCACGUGGCGAUCCGACACCCUAUUGCCACAGUAGAAAAGUCGAACAUUACCUCCGAUGCUUGGCUGUGUAUCGAAACCCAAGCGAAACCUCUGACAGUAUGCCGCAAUACACAAGACGUAGGAUUAUGUCGCCAGCUCAGUACACUUUCUCCCGUGUGUAAAAUCCGAUCCCCGAUGGGAGUCGUUGACACAGAUCUCACAGCGUGCUUUGUCCCCCGAGACCAGAUGGUUUCGACAUCGACGUCUGCUAUGAAAAGCGUUGGGACAGUGUUCCGUGAGAAGUGUGCUAGGUCGAGUGAGUCUUGUCAUGCGGCUUUCAACAUGUUUGAGCGAUUUCGACUUGCUCAUCACGUCGCCACUGCGGUACUGUUCUUUCAUACCACGCCAUGGCUACAACGUGGAUGGAAUAUUGAUCAAAUCUACUUGAUGGACGGUGCAAUCUGUCGCGGGAAAAGCCUGAACCGCACAUUCGAGCCCUGUCUUGACGUUGCCGUCACGCCAAGCGAUGCAAACAGUCUGCGUCGGCUAGGUACCGAGCGCCUCAUCGGGAGUUCCGAUUCUCUCUUCAGACUCGGGAUAUUUCUCCUAGAGAUUGCAUUCGAGCGGCCAUUACAGGAUCUGCCCGAACCUCGACAUUCGGCCUUCAGGAUGUCACAAUGGAAGAAGGAGCUUCAGAUAGCCCUUUACAACCAACCUCUGACGAGCAGAAUCAUGGGCCCAGCAUACUCGAAAAUAGUGAAAGUAUGUCUCGAGAGCCAUCCUUUGGGGGAGCGGAAAAUGACGGUCGUGGGAAGUCAACCUGAGAAGGAGUUGUAUUCCAACAUAGUUGCCGAGCUCGGGGCGUUGAAGAACAUGUCGAAAGGCAUUUGGACUUGA